UUUGUUGUUGAAAGUUCCGCUUAUUUUUUUGGAAAAAUGCCGGAUUUUCUGGCCGAAAACAACACCUGUGGCCAGACAAUCCUCCAGCUGGUUUCCCGCGGCAAUGCCAUCAUUGCCGAACUUCUCCGUUUGAAGGACUACAUCCCCCAAACUUACAGAAUGGGAACAAAGGAGGAGAUCCAAAAGUACGGCGAGAUAAUCAUGGAUUUUAGUUAUUUCAAGAUCGAGGAGGCGCAAAAUUACAAAAUUGAAACUUCAGAGCAAUUGCAAGAUUUGGACGAAGAGUUUCGUGACAAUCACAUCGAGAUGAUCAAUCGGUUUUAUCUCACAUUUGAGAGCAUCCACACUUAUAUCACCGAUUUGAACCACUUUCUCGACGAAUUGGAGGAGGGGUUGUACAUCCAUCAGAGUCUCGAGACGAUUUUCGCCGACAUGGAGGGAAAACAACUCCUUUGUGAAGCUUUAUUUCUCUACGGUUUGAUGCUACUAAUCAUUGAUACGUACAUUGAGGGCCCCAUUCGUGAGAGACUCCUAGUGUCUUACUGUCGCUACACCCCACAAAGGAGCGACACUCAGAGCCAAAUCGACGAUGUUUGUCGCUUAUUACGCGACACGGGGCUCAACACCCCCAAAAAACCCAAUAAUUACCCUGAGGAUUAUUUCCGUGGCGCACUUUUAAAAAAUUUACUACCUCUCAAGUCCAAAUUCGUGGAUAUUGUGAUUGGUCAUUUGCGCUUCGAUGACAUUUACGGGCAAUUGUCGGUGUACCCCCUUCCGAAGCACCGGAGCACCGCCCUCGCCCAUCAAGCCUCAAUGCUCUACGUUUGUCUUUUUUUCUCACCCAAUAMUUUGCACUCUCAAACGGCCAUAAUGCGRGAGAUUGUUGAUAAAUAUUUCCCUGAUAAUUGGGUCAUUUCCAUUUACAUGGGUUUCAUUGUGAAUUUAGGUGAGAGUUGGGAGUGUUUCAAGGCGGCUAAAAUGGCCCUUAAUAACACCCUUGAAACUGUCAAUAUCAAAUCCUACGCUAAUUCGUACGGUAGUAGCAUUUCGCCCCUCCUCAAAGCCACCAAUUUGAAACUAAAAGAAGGCAACAUCACCAGUGAUAACCUCCUCAAAGACGUCAACAACAUAAUCAACCUUUUGAGGGAUUGUAACUUUACAAUUCGGUGGUUGAUGUUACACACAAUCAUCAAACCGGACAAAACCAAAAAAUUGAAACAAUUGAGAGAAUUGGUUAUAACCGAAUCGCGGUUAGAGUCAGUCCAACUGUUCAAAUUGCUCCUCAAUACGUCACAAUUAGAGUUAACCACGCGUGAAAUUUACAAGAAAUUGUUGCAUGAAAAAGACACUCAAUGGUCAGAGCUGAAAACUGAAAGUUUCAAGAGUUUAAUUGYGUUGAGUGAGGUUUUCAGUGGGACYAAACCGUUGACUCGAAUACCGAAAAAUUCAAAUUUGCAAAAUUGGUUUUUAGAAAUUUCCAAYCAAGUCGAUUCUUUGAGUUCUGGUGAUGUGGCCUCGUCGCGAAAAAUCGUCCAAUUGAUUCAGGCUUUAGAGGAGGUGCAAGAGUUUCACCAACUCGAGUCAAACAUGCAAGUGGUGCAAUUCCUCUCCGAAACUCGGAAAUUCUUGCAUCAAAUGAUCCGAAAUAUGAAUAUAAAAGAGGAUGUCUUGAUUACGUUGCAAAUAAUCGGUGAUUUGAGCUACGCCUGGGAAUUGAUCGAUUCUUUCACACCAAUCAUUCAAUUCGGGAUUAAAAAAGAGCCAACUUUGGUGAUCAAACUCCGGGCGAUUUUUCUCAAACUGUCUUCAGCGCUUGAAGUCCCCCUUUUGCGCAUAAAUCAAGCCCACAGUGAGGAUCUCAUCUCAGUCUCGCAAUAUUACAGUAGCGAACUCGAGAUUUAUGUAAGAAAAGUCUUGCAAAUAAUCCCGAAAAUGAUGUUUGAGAAAAUGGCUCGUGUUAUUGAGAUACAGACUUGCAUUUUGAAAGAAUUACCAACGAGACUUGAGGAUAAAUUGAAGGAUUUUGCACAAUUAAAUGAACGUUUCGAGUUUGCUGAAUUGACCAAUUUAAUUUCGGUGUUUAGUCAAGGUAUGAAGAUGAAAAGUACAUUAGUUGGAGUGAUUUGUCUCGAUCCCAAAAAACUACUUGAAGAUGGGAUUCGGAAGGAGUUGGUGUUGUACAUCUCGAAGGCGUUGCAUACUGGACUGAUUUUCGGGCAAAAGGCUAAAGUGGAGGAGUUGGAGGGUAAGCUGGAGGCUGUGGGGGUCAUCAUGUACGAGUACAAGCGCUCCUUUGAGUAUAUACAGGUAGGGGCCCUUUUGCAUGCGUAUAACUGGUUGCCUAAUAAUAAUAAUAUGAAAGGUCGUCUGCGCAUGCGCGUUUAACACUUGUAUAACUGGUUGCCUAAUAAUAGCAUCAAAUUUAUUGUAAAUUUUUAUAAAAAAUUAUUUCAAUCGUCUGAACUAGGCUGAUUACGCGGUUAAUACAAUUUAAGCGUAUUAAUUGAAGAUGUGAAUGGAUAAUAUUUGGAGUUAUAAGCAUUUUAAUAUAAUUUGCUGGUACUUUUUUUCAAUUUGUUUUUGGUAAAAAAAUCACAUGAUUUUUUUAUAGAUUUUUCAACGAUCAAAUGUACAUGACCCCUUCAUCCACUAUAAUGCAUUAGUUUAUAUUAUUAAAAAAUUGAUUAAAGUGUUAUCUACCAAAAAACAAGCUUUAUUUUCUAAUAUAAACUUUGUGAUAACUAUUGCUUUAUUAAAAUAUUUCAAGUUUAACAAAACAUUUAUAAAUGAAAUUCUAACGACACAAUAUAAAAAAAUCCACUUUAUGCUGUCCCGAAAAUUAACAUUCUUAUUUAAGAGAUUUUUUUCUUGUUUYCUGGGUGUAAUUUUGAAAUUAUGUCACACGAUAGAUCAGUCUUUUUUACCAACUUGUCAAGUUUUACUGUUUUAUUAUUAAUAAGAAAAGCUAUAGAAAAAAAUUAGAAAAAGCGUGCAUUUUUUGAGUUUUUUAAAGAAAAUUUAAUAGUUUGGCAACGUUGCAAUUAAAUUCUAAAAACAG